AUGUCUACUCUCUUUAUACAUGAUUCAAUACGCUAUUACGUUUUCUCAAAUUUCGUUAAAAUUGGUUAUGACGAGUAUAAUUAUUCAGGAGAACCAACAGCUGCGCUUAGUAAAACAGCUGUAAGUGGCCACUUAAUAAUAGAGAGAUACUUUAAUGGACUUCCAAUAACAAAUUUAUCUCAAGAUGGAUUUUACAGAUGCUAUCUACUCACAAGAUUAACAAUCAAAGCAAAUAUAAAAGUUAUCCCCGCUGGAUGCUUUGCUGAUUGUUAUUCUUUGACUCACAUCGACAUACCACCUUCAGUAGAAAUAAUUGAAAAAAGAGGAUUGAUGUUUUGGAAUAUCACAGGCGCAUUGAUUAAUGAAAGUUUACAUUUUACGAAUUCUACAUCAACAGUCAUUUUUCAACAUGGAUCUAAAUUACAUACAUUAGAACCAGAAAUUUUUGGAUAUAUCGAAAAAAAUAAUUCUAAUUUUUGA